CUUCAGCUGCUCAGCAGCAAAUACUGUCAGAAAUAAAAAUUUCAGUGUUUGUAAUUUUGUUUACAUUAGGAAAUUCGUUAAAGUUUGAACUACCGAAACUGCGUGAGACUUCUGAGUGACUCUCAUUGUUUUGUUACGUCGCGAUUCAGAGAAUUGACUGAGUUCGCUCAAAACAAUGUCGAAUCCAGCCAGAUUCCAAGGUUUAGACGUGUUUUGGCAGCUGAUCAAGCCCCAGAUUCAGAACCGUCAUGAAGCGAGCCUUGCGCUGGCCCACUGGCUACUCGUGGGAAGUGGUUACAAAUGUCUCGGACACGAAACAGAGCUUCCUGCGGACAAAGAUCCGUCAAGAGCUGCAACGGAGCUGCUUCCAACGGACUGGAAUGAUCGAUCAUCUGGGUUCUACUCGCUGCUUUACAUCGGAAACAGUCAACCGUCGAAGAUGAUCCUGCUCAAACUUAUCCCCGCUGCCAGCAUUACAGAUAACAUCAUUCUCGGACAAAUUCUGGUGUCCGGUGGCGAGGAAGACGUGAUCCCUUUUGAAGUGAAUUCAGCCAGUGUUAUUCCGGAGCAGUGGCAAGUCUACGCUUCACCCACGUCGUUUCCUCAAUUCAAAACCUUCGUGGAUACCAUUGAUAAGGAUGUGAUCGACAAACUGCGAUCCACGAAGCGCGGCGCGGGAUCGGGCACAGGAGCGGCCAUGCCGCAGCCAACUGGGGUAGGCUCAGCCGACCCCACCGCGGCCCGCUUCAUCCCCGUCAUCCCGGCGAUGCCUGCGCCGGCUGUUCCCGACCCCUUUGCUCCGUUAGCACCACCACCCUUGUCGGAAUUCAUUCCGCCCCGCAGUGGGAUUCUGCCUGGUGGCCUAGGCAGUCGUGAUUUGGAUCCUUUCCACGGAACUGGGGGAAACAUAUUCGGGCCUCGUGAUAUCUAUCCUGGCGGCCUUCCCGGUUCCGGCGUUGGUUUUCCUGGUCGACCAUAUCGAUAUGACCCUCCAGGACCCCCCGAGUUUAUGCCGGCACAUCCUUUCGGUGAUCCUUUGGGAACAGGGUCUUUUCCGAAUCCACCCGGCGUAUUUGGAGUUGGCCCGCGGAUCCGUGGUCCUCGUCCAAUGCGACCUUUCGAACCGGAUCCUGACCAUAUGCGCCCGCCACCUGGACCAGGCGAUGAUCCUGACAACAUGUUCAUGUAACUUUUUCAUUCGGUGGAUGCUGUUUGCAACGUACAGUACUGUUAUAAGUAGAAGAAAUUGCCAAGUAAAGUUUUAUCCGAUAUUGGAUUGACGUUUAUGUUGCCGCGUACGGUGUGUUUUCUCAUUAAUUUUGUAAGUAUGUCUUGUACGAAAUAACUAUGCACAUAGGUCUUUCGGUAAUAUUUUAUUUUUUUUACAUGAAUUACCGGCUUUGCUACCGUACUAUCUAUGUACAUAUGCCACGUAAAUGAUGAAUAAAAGGUAAAUGG